AUGGGUCUCCUCUCGAACAGGAUUGGGAAGGAGAGCCUCAAGGCGGGGGAUCACAUCUACUCCUGGAGCGCCGCGUGGGUCUACGCGCAUCACGGAAUAUAUGUGGGUGAUGAUAAGGUGAUCCAUUUUACAAGAAGUGGCCAGGAGGUUGGAACAGGAACUGUCGUUGAUAUUCUUCUUGUGAGUUCUGCCCCAAAGCGAAGCAACACGCCUUGUCCGUCAACCCAGCGCUCUUCCUUGCCAAAGCACGAGGAGGAACGUGCACCCUCGCGCUCUGAUCCUGACGAUACGGUGAUUCGCCGUGCAAAGUACUUGCUGAACAAUGGUUUCAGGUGCUACAAUCUGUUCAAGAGCAACUGCGAGGACUUUGCGAUAUACUGCAAGACUGGCCUUCUUGUGGCUGAACGCGGUGUUGUUGGGCAGAGCGGGCAGGCUAUCUCCAUCAUCGGUGGACCUCUUGCUGCAGUGGUCUCAACCCCGUUCCGCUUGGUUACCACAAAUAUCUAUGGAAUGGCAGUGAUGGCCGUCGGGGUGUACUGUGCAAGCAGGUAUGCAGCUGAUAUUGGCAACCGCCGUGACGUGGUGAAAGUGGAAGUAGAAGACCUGACGGCCGGAUUGGCCAGCGGCAGGAUACGUGCUGUGGAGAACAUCGCUCAGCUGGUGGCUCCGGCGGCAGAAAGCCCAGCCACGGCCACACUGGCUGAAACUACACUGGCUGCUUAA